UAAGGUCACUGACAGGUUGUUUGCACAAGUCAGAGUGUCUAUCAGAGCAUCUUAUUCCAACAAAUGAUUCCCUGAAGAAAAGACAGCAAUUAUGAUGUCAACUGCAUAAUUGUUUCCAUGUAGGCUACUAUGGAAUUGUAACCUAAGAUGCUUUAUGCUCUUUCCUCAAUGUUUUCCCCACCUAUGUGCUGUGCAUAAUUAUACUAUUCUAUGUACAAAUAACAAUUUUGUGUAACAUUUAAUAGCUGUAUGUCUAUUUGUAUAUAAUACACUCUUAAAAAUCUUAAAAGUCCUAGAUUGAGCCUUUUGGGUCGUGUUGCGAUUUUUUCAGUGUUUGGGUAUUUUUUGUGUUACCCAGAUACUGGGGGUUGGUUGUGUUAUUUAUCGCGGGCUUUUUGCGGCCUCUUCAGGAGAGAGCAGUGCAGCUCCGUCAAAUUGGUGCAUGCAAGUCUUCGGUAAAAUACAGUGUAACACAGUCAGAGAAAUGCUGGUUCAGCUCUGCUGCCCUGAAUAUUUAAUGGCAUGUUCAGCUCAAAGUCUCCUGUGUCUCCAGAGUUCCCAUCUAGCCUCCCUCUCCCACCUCCUCUUCCAAAAUCAGCCAGUCUGUCAGCCCCACCUCCACUGGUUCCCUUCAGCCCCUUGACAUAUCCUCUAAUGCCAUUCUGUGUGGAUCUGCCUUGGGUCUUUGGUCUCCAGCUCGCCCCUGAUCUCGUCUCUCCACCUCAGCCCAUCAACCUAUUGGCUUCGCCUUGGCUCCUCCCUUUCUUGGCUCCAGAUGCCAUCGUCCUUACAGCUCCACCGGGCUCCCUCGUCCCUCCGGCUUCUCCUUGAUCAGCUGCUCUCUGUCUCUCAGUCUCCACCCCUUCUGCUCCUUCUGGCUCCACCUUCCCUUCUGCUCCACUUCAGUCCUCAGUCCCAAUGGCUCAACCUCAGUCCUCAGGUUCCCUUGCUUCAGCUCAGAUGCUCAUCACUGCUUCUCUUCCUUGGCAUCCAGGACCAUCGGUGUCACCAGGUCCCAUCUGUUCUCUGUCUGUGCCUGAGGCCAAUGGAGGUGGAGUCCUAUGUCCGUCAGUCGUCCCUCAGGUGUCGUCAGCAAAGUCUUCACCAUGGCUCCUUCCUAUUGCCGUGGGCUAUCGUCCUGGCUGCUCUCUGGGUCCCCGUCUGGCUCCUGCUUCUCCUGGAUCCUUCCUGGCUCCUCCCACCUGUAUCACCACCCUGGUGUCUCCCUUUGUCACCUCACCUGGUUUACUGGCUUCUGCCUGCUCCAAGUCCUCUUCCAGAGCCCCCACCCUCCCUCCUCAGUUGGACUUUGUUUACAGCUUGGGGGCGUGCCUUCCGGAAGGGGGAUGUGAUGUCAUAGUUCUGUUUUGGUUUCGUUUUCUAUGUUCUGUUGCCAUUUUGCCUGUACUCCUUUUGCUCGUUUGUUUCCAUGGUUAUUCAUUGUUUCUAAGUUACACUAAACAUACUCCAUGUAUUUAAACCCUGAGUUUCCUUAGUUCAUUUGUCCAGGCUCAUUUAUGUUGGAAGUGAUUGUGUUUUUCCAUGAUCCUCCUGAAUGUUCAUUAUUAGAUUGUGCACUCAUUGCAGCCACUUAAACCAUUACAGUAACUUAAUAUA